UCAGGCCAGGACAGAAGGAAGCACGUAACAGGAUCGGCUCUUGCUUGGAGUUUGUGCCCUUUUUGUUUUGUUUUUUGGAGAUUUUUUGAAGAAAUCUUUGACUGAAGGCUGUUUGGGGAUUUUAUUGUGAAGGAUUGAUAUCCAUUAUUAAAAAAACAACUUUUGGAAAGAGCCAAUGGGAGCUAAGUUUACCAUCUGCUGCUGUCACUAUCUGAAACACAACCAAGAAGAGAGGAAUGCUAUUUUGCGAAUGCACAGCACUCCCAGACCACCUGAGGAGCUAUCCAGUGGGUCUAGUGACAGUGAGACAGAAGAGAAGAACAUAUUUGGACCACCGCCUUCAAAAAUGAGUCAGUGGAACAACCGGCAAAGCCAGAGGAGCACCGCUGAUCAGCGGGCCAUCACAGACAGAGCUGAAAACACUCCCGUCAGUCAGGGACUGGAUCGAGAGUUACAGGCUUUCAUCAGCAUGAGAGACCAGACUGACGAGGCUACGGAGGAAUGGGAGAAGUUGAAUUAUGACAUACAUACCUUGCGCUAUGCCAAACGAGAGGUCAGAGCUCGGUGGAAGAAAAUCCUGCUUCAGCUCGGUUACCAGUGUGAGGUGGACGCCUUGCUGUGUGUGAACAAACAGAGCCGAUUCAGUCGAGAUGAAGAACAUCUUAACAAAGCGACUGAACUGUUGACGCAGCUGCUGGACCACACCUCUCUGUUCCCUCCUGGAACAGGACACCAGAACCGAUACCUCUGUAUCAUGGACCGGCUGGUGUUACUGGACAGCGCUGAGGACUUUGUCAGACUGGCCAAGGAAAAAUAUCCAAAGAAAGAAGGCUGAGAGGCAGUAACAGAGAAAAUGUGCCAAAGACCGAAGGUGUCCUGUAAAGAAUGUGGACUCAUGCUGGAGACUGUUUUAACACAUUUGACCACAUUUCAGCUUUAAUUUAAAUUCUGAAGUUUACUUCUAACAGAAAAACUCUUUUUGUUGCAGCUCAGUCUGUUAACUUGUGCUUGGGUUGUUUGGCUUACACAGCUUGUAAAACACAAAAGUAAAUACUAUUUUUAAUAUUUAUUUUUUAUGUCUACAUCAACAGUUGUUUUUAACUGAAUCCAUAAUUUUCAAAGAAACAAAUAAAAAUUAUUCAGUAAAAACUAAAAUAACCUUUGAAACUAUAUUAUUGGUAUCUAUAUGUACAGUAUAUAACACAUAAACCAUUUAAAUGUAUUUGAAAAUCAUCUUAAACGCUCUUUUGCUAACACUUGUAGGAGUAAACUGUGUUUUAACUCUAUUUUCUGUCAUAUUGGGUUGUUUCCCGUCCACGUUGUGACCAUUAAAAUAUAUUCACUCA